AUGAAGGCCAUUGAGGAAUCAUGCGUCGCAAUCAUUGUUUUCUCUAAGGACUACGCUUCCUCACAGUGGUGCUUGGAAGAGGUGAUGAAGAUUAUGGAGUGCAAGAAGCAAAAGGACCUCACCGUGCUACGAGAUGAGUCAGAGCUUAUAGAAAGAAUCGUGAAGGAGAUCUCCACUCUUUUAGACCGAACACCUUUGCAUGUUGCUAAGUGUCCAGUUGGGAUUGAUUCCAAAGUGGUUAAGCUAAAAUCUAUGUUAAACCUCGAGUCUGAUGAUGGUGUUCUUAUGAUGGGAUUAUGGGGAAGGGCAGGCAUAGGGAAGACAAGCUUAGCUAAAGCCAUUUAUAAUGACAUUUUCAGACAAUUUGAAGGUUCAACUUUUUUGGCAAAUGUUCGAGAAACUUCAAAAAAUUGCAGGGAUUUAGUUGCUUUGCAAGAAAAAUUACUAUCUGAGAUAUUAUCACAAAAACAAAGAUUAGUAGUGUCCAAUGUUGAUGCCGGUACUCAUCUAGUACGGGAUAGACUUUGUCGCAAAAAAGUUCUCCUUAUCCUUGAUGAUGUGGAUGACUUGCGUCAAUUAAAUGCUUUAGCAGGAGAAGGCAAGUGGUUUGGUAUUGGAAGUAGGAUCAUGAUUACCACAAGAGAUAAACACUUGUUAACUUGUCACGGGGUAGAUCAAGAUCAUGUGUAUGAAGUUAAAACAUUGGAGGAUAGUGAAGCUAGAGAGCUACUAAGUAAGCAUGCUUUUGGGACACACCAAAAACUAAAAAUCAAGGCAGAUCUAGUGGAUAGUGUUUUGAAUCAUGCCGGAGGCCUUCCUUUAGCGAUUGAGGUGCUAGGUUCCUUCUUAUGUGGUAGAAGAGAACAUGAAUGGAAAAGUACACUAAAGAAACUUUCUAGGAAUCCUAACAAAACCAUUAAUAAUGUGCUCAAAAUAAGUUAUGAUGGACUAGAGGAUAAUGAGAAAGAGAUUUUUCUCCACAUUGCUUGCUUCUUUAAGGGGUGUGAUAGUGACUACAUAAAGAAAGUUAUUGACAGUUGCGAUUUCGAGAUAGAUAUAGGAUUAGAAAUUCUCAUUGAGAGGUCCUUGAUAAGUAUUGAGCAUAGAACUGUAGAAGUCCAUGGCUUGAUUCAAUUGAUGGGCAUGGAUAUUGUGAACCAAGAAUGUCAUGAUGAUCCCAAGAGACGUAGCAGGCUAUGGAUGUAUGAUGAUGUUCUUGACGUUUUGUCCCAUGACAUGGGAGAUUGUGUAGUAAAAGCAAUAGUAUUGGAGCCACCAGAGCACAAAGAGGUAUAUAUCAGCCCUAAUGUUUUUACAAAAGCGAGUAGGUUGAGACUACUCAUCAUGCACAAUGUGCAUAAUACUUUCAAGGUCCUAUAUGUCUUCCUAAUGAGCUAA